GGCAAUUUACAAGAUGGUUGGCUCUGUGAUGAAAAUGCCAGAAGAUGAAAGCACUCCUGAAAAACGUACAGACAAAAUAUUCCGUCAAAUGGAUAAGAAUAAGGAUGGCAAACUUAGCCUUGAAGAAUUCAUUGAAGGGCCAAGAGGUGACCCCUCCAUUGUGGUUUGCUGCAGUGUGACCCUCAAUCAUCUCAGUGACCUCUCUGAACCUAACCUCAUCUCUACUAAACUAUCUAAAUACUGUAUCUGAUAAAACCUUAAACUUGUAAUUACUACUCUUGGCCAUAAUAAACUUCCACAAUCUCUAAUAUCCCUUAACAUUAAAAACAGAAUCUUAAUAUUAGUAUCUUCCUCUAAACUGUCCACAGUCUCCCUGAAGCCCUUUAUUCCUCACCUUCCCAGGCAUUCUGCUUUUCCACUCUUUUUCAAUAUUUUUCAGAACCCCCUCUGCAUCGACUCCUUCCUGACCCACACAAGAUUCUCUGUUUUAUAGGUCAGAUUCUUUAUUUCCACACUCCCACUUCUCUUAGCUCUGAAGUGUCCCUAUGACAUCUUUUCCUGUCCUUAUCCUUAACUAGCCCCUGGAGGGUUAUAAGGACUAGGUGCUUACGGUGUGAAUCACACUGUCGCCUCGCUGUGUUGAGAUGCCGACCUCUAGCCCUGUAUCACAUUUGUGUUUGGCUUCAAUUGGCAUUGAACCUGCUAAAAAGAGCAAAUGAAGGGCAUAUUUGUUUUUAUAGUGUUAGAUAUGGGGCCUGAAUGUUUUAAGGGAUGUAACUUUUGUAAUGAAGGUGGGCCUAUGUGGGUUGUGUGGAGUGAGCAAUUGUACUGGGCAGGAGGAUGUCUGCUCCUGCUUAGCCCUCCUGUAUGUACUGCAUGUUACCUGCACAAAGAUUUCCUUGUCUGGUGCUCACCUGUCAGAGUCGGAAUAAGUAAGAACAAAGUGUAGCAAUGCA